CAAAUGUGAGUGGUCAAACAAAGAUCUUUUUCUCUCAGUAUUGGUCUCUGAAUAUGAAGUCACUGAUCUCGUGCAGGUCUGAAUGUGGCUUCUUAAAAUGCAUGGGUGAAAAUGAGUUUUGCAAGAAAACAGGCUCCGGUGGAAAAGAUUCUAUUAUGCCAGAGGACAACUCAGGUAAAGAAGAGGAAUUUAUUUCAGUUCAUGACUUCGAUUGCCUUCCUCCUAUUGGUACAAUUGAACUGGUGAUUCCUCAGUCCGAAAGAGAAAAGGGAAAAAUGAAAAUUGGCACUGGUGAUAAGUCAGGCAAAAGUAGUGAGCAAGCUGCUAAGCCAAAGUGUGAUUCCAAAAUCAAAUCUUCGGGAAAAAAUUCCUCUUUAAGGAUCAAGAAGUUUGGGAAGAAGCAAUGGAAGAGUCUGGGGAAGAAACCUGGGGAGAAAAGUUAAGUAUACUGCCCUUUAGGAAAAGGUCAAGAUCAUUCUAUAACUGUUCUCUUUUCCGUGGUCUUAGCUAUGUUGGAUUUCAGGUUUUUUUUAUUAAAUGUGCUGCUUGUACUUGGUUCUGGUUUUUGGACUCCAUUGAUGGUGAUCGAUCAAACCAUUAGUAAUAUUGUCUCAAUGGUUGACUUGCUGUCUGAUUAUGUUGCCUGAGCUUAACAUGUAUUUAUUGUGGUUUUGGUGAUUCAUAUCAUGAGAUGAUGACUUCUGGACCUGUCGUUGUCAGACUCAAAAUGGACA